CUUUGAAAUGAAUCCAUUUUAGGAGGCUGACUUGACGGUUGCUAGGUCACAGGAAUUGGAUUUUCAGAACUCGCUCUUGGAGUUUAUUGUUUUAAUAUUAUCACUAAAGCCUGAGUAGUCUGACAAAUAAUUCCUUCUCUUCGGAACUUCGAUCAGGCUGUUACAUUCAAACUUUCUCGUCAAAUCUCCCUUUGCCGGUCACUGGGAAGAACUACCUUCUGCCGAUAUAAUUGCAUUGUUUACCCUGAGCAAAUAGGAAGCCGAUUUGUGCAAAUCAUGCAAAUAUGCAGAGCUGUAAGGCGUGUUUGCGGAACGGGGUGGGGGAGAGAACCCAGUGCAGAUCCAGCUUUCCACAACCUCACUCUUCGCUUUCGCAAUGACUCGCUUGUGAUACGUUUCAGAACAUAAGUGUCGAAUGCACCCUGCAGACCGAGGAUUAGUUUGACACUUGGGAGGAUCAUCAAAAUGAAGCACAAGAAUCUUAUGGCCAAAGCUUUAUAUGACAAUGCACCAGAAUCUCCAGAGGAACUAUCUUUUCGUAAAGGAGAUAUCCUGAUGGUGAUUGAACAGAACACUGGCGGGUUGGAAGGAUGGUGGCUUUGCUCACUGCACGGACGACAGGGCAUUGCCCCUGGCAAUCGUCUCAAACUUCUUGUGGGGCCUAUUUAUGAUAGCUCUACAAGUGAGCCAUCUUCCUCUGAGGCAACACACCAGUCACUGCAGCAAGGCAUCCAUCAAGUGCCCCCAAGCCUGCAAGGCCCUUCUGGCUGUGGAAGUUCCUUUCGAGAUCCUAUCUACCAAGUACCCCCUUCACAACUGAGUCAGAACAUAUAUCAGGUGCCUCCCAUUGCAUCAGGCCAAGGUGCACAAGGCCAUGAGAUCUAUCAGGUUCCAGCAUCUGUACACAGGAGCCCUUGGGUUGACAGUGCCCCUCCGAUAAGCAAGGUUGUGAUGCCUGUCAGGUGUGGACAAGGUUACUCUCCAGCAAGACAACUGCAAAGAGUUUACGAUACCCCACCAGUUCGCCAACAAGGGCUUUAUGACAUCCCUGCUGCCAUGCUAAAGGGACCUAUCCAUCAGACACAAUUGGAAGAAUUUACAGCCAAAGGAUUGUAUGACAUACCAUCUCUUUUCGGGAAAGAGAAGCCAAGUGUGUACGAUAUUCCACCCACUUCUUGCAUUGAGGCACUUGGCAGUCAUGACAGAGAAGCUACAUAUGACUUUCCACCACCAAUGAGAAACUUCACUGAUCCCCUUACAAACCGUAAAUCUGAGGGGUUAUAUGACAUCCCACCAACCACUGUAAAGCCAUCUUUAAAACUGAACUCUAUCCAUUCGGGAGGUAGGAUCAGUUCCCUGAAACAGUCUAUUUAUGAUGUCCCACCAACGGUGGUUAAUUCAGAGUUAGUUUCAAAAAAGCAAUGUGUUUAUGAUAUUCCAUCAACCCACCAACAAUCUGCACAGAAAGACAUCUAUGAUAUUCCUCGAGGUUUGCAAGACUUUGAACAAUCUGCAUCAGGAUUAGAAAAUACUAUAUAUGAUGUUCCGCCACAGGUUUCACAAGAUGUUAAGACAGUACAAGAUGUGACUGAUGGAAUGAACCGUUUGUCAUUCUCUAGCACAGGUAGUACGAGGAGUAACAUGUCUACAUCUUCAACUACAUCAAAGGAGUCUUCUGUUUCAGCCUCACCACUGCCAGAGAAGAAGUUACUGCUAGAUUUAGAUUCUGCCUUUGAGAAACUGACUCGACUGCAACAGAAUGUGGAUACCUCAAUAAAGGGACUCAUGGCUUUUGUCAAUCCUAACUGGCGAUCUUAUGAAAUAAUGGAAAAAAACCUUAAUGAAAUACAUGCUUGUGUUGACAAGGUAAAGCAUUCAUUACUGGGAUUCCUUGGGUUUGCCCAGGGAGCCUUAGUGAAUGCAUCACGUUUAUCAGAUAUCAGUCUUCACAACAAGCUAAAAAAGCAGCUACAGCGAUUAGAUGAUUCCUACCAGAUCUUAGUCCAGACCAGCCAGGCACUGGAUAAUAACAACUGGUCCUUGAACAUCUUGGUUAUAAACAGGUCCCAUAAUAAAUGUGAUAACCUAGACCGUUUUGUUAUGGUGACAAAGACUAUACCAGAUGAUGUUAAGCAGUUAGCAUCUUCUAUAAGCACAAAUGCAGAACUCUUAUUUAAACAAGGUGUUGGAAUUACAAACCUAGAGACGGUUCAUGAAAUAAACCAAGUGACUGUUGGUGACAAGAGUACUACUAACUUUAAUCCCCAUUCACAAGGAGAUAAGACACUGAUUCAAAUCAGGCCUUUGCAUAGUCUGCCCCAGUUGGACCAUGAGGAUCAGGUUAAAAGCAAAGAAAUCAUUGAUAAAAGUUGGAUGGAAGACUACGAUUAUGUCCAUUUGCAGGGUAAAGAUGAAUUUGAGAGACAACAAAGAGAACUUCUGGAAAAAGAAAAUAUUGUCAAACAGAACAAGGUGCAAUUGGAACAACAUCAGCUAAAUCAAUUUCAGGAACUGGAAAAAGAAGUCACAAAACCAGUGGAAAAUGACCUUUCAAACUGGAAAGCACCUCAGCAAAUUCCUCAGAAGAGCAGCAGUCUCAGUUCUCAAGAUAAGCAGCUUCUGUUCUUUUACUCUGAACAGUGUGAGACUCAUUUUGUAACACUGCUGAAUGCCAUUGACGCCUUCUUCAGCUCUAUCAGUGGUGGGCAACCACCCAGAAUCUUCGUGGCUCACAGCAAAUUCAUUAUCCUCAGUGCCCAUAAACUUGUAUUUAUAGGGGACACGUUGUCAAGACAAGCUAUGGCUCAAGAUGUUCGGAAUAAAGUAUUAAACUAUAGUAAUCUGCUGUGUGAACUUCUUAAAAGCAUUGUCAUGGCAACCAAGACAGCUGCCUUACAAUAUCCCAGCAUAGCAGCAGUUCAGGAAAUGGUGGACAAGGUCACAGAACUAUCGUAUCACUCUGAUCAAUUUAAAGACCUGCUGCAGCACUUGGCGUCUUUAUGAAGAGACAUUUUGGUAAAUUCUGAAUAACAGAAAGCUAUCCUUUAAAGAAUCAUUAUCGUAUUAAAGUGACACAUUCAUUUGAGUGAUUUUAUGUAGAAUGUUGUUUUAUAUCACUGUAUAUUUGCUAUAUUUCUCAUGCUCGAUGCUUCAGUGGUACUAUUUUCAUUCUUCAGAAGCGCAUGAUUCUAAAGCACAUAAAUUUUUAUGUGGCCUACAUUGCUCAGAAUCAUGCUGUGUACCUAGUGUAAUCAUCCAUUGUCAUAUAGUUAACUACUUUACAUUUAAAACUGCACUUUGGAGUAUCUUUUAGUAUCAUUUACUGUAGCAACUUCACAUUUCAACAGCAAACAAUGAAGUUAUGGCUUUGUUUAUAACUGUAUAUAUUUAUUUGACCACUAAAGUAGAUCAAUGCAGAGAACAAAUCAUCAAAAGGGAUUUUCUCCUGCAUCAGAUGAAAGACGCAAUGAUUUUUAAUGGAGUUAGUUAAUCUAAAGAAAGUUUUUGAUUCUUUUGUAUUUCAGAAAUAGGCCAAGGUACAAGACUGAUUCCAUAAUCCUCUGUUCCAAAAGGAAGCUAAAUUCACAGAGGGCACAUUGAAGAUGUGCAGUAAUGAUUUUUUAAUGAUGAAAAUUAGUUGGAAAAAAGGCAUGGCUGGAUAUCAGUGACAGGCUCCCUCCAGGUGUCAGUGACAUGACUGGAUUAAUUAAUUAUUUUUCUAAUUUAUAUGUUCAUGUUAUCACCAGAGGGAUAUACUAGAAAUUUUGGGUAACCUGUCCAAGUUUUUUCUAACAUUAUACUAGCAAAAAUACAAACUGGAGAACUUCAUAUUGCUUCUAAAUUUUUUUUAUUGUUGUUUUGCCCCAUUUGAAUUUUGUAGCUAGCGGUUUGAAAGUGCUGCUACUUUUUUGACUUAUUGUUUAUUAAAUCUUAAAUCAAAGCUUUUGAGGUUUUUUAGAAUCAGGAUCUUUGUGAUGCUUGCAAAUUAAGAGGAACGUCUAAAUGAUUUUCAAGAAUAAAGAUUGAAACCCAUUACUAUCAUACACCUGAGAAUAGAUCUCCUUGAUGGAAUCAUAAAGUUUAUACCAUCAGCUGGCUACACAUUACUGAUCUGAUUAUAAAUGGUAUUAGAGCCUAUAAAUCAACUUUUUUCUGUUGAUCGUGUGCUUUUUUUUGUUAUAUUAGUUUUCACAAUGUGGGCUCCCAUUUUUAGUUCAUCUCUAGCUCCUCAUGAGAAAGUAUUACUAAGCUUUCUUCUUCAAUAAUUUCUGUAUAGUAUUUCCAACAGCAUUCUUGGAUACUGGAUUUUGGGCAGUGAUACACCUGAUAGCAGAAAUAAUCUAUUUGUUCUGACUUGUGUUGUUACAGGAGAAUCCAUAAUGCAGGAAAUGUGUGUGUAGCUGACUACAGAUAGACAGACAAAAAAACUGUCAGAAUCUAUGUGCUCUUUAUCAUUGUCAUUAAGUUUGUAGUUUUAUGGUUUAUUCACAGCGGAUUGCAUUUAUGAAUGAAAACAUGGUUUCGUGAACUGAAUCGAAACCCGUAAAAAGAUUGUGUAGCAAGAAAGUAACAUUCAGACUUGAUUGUAAUCAUUCCCCAACAUUGCCAGAACUGGAAACGUACUUUAAAGUAAACUCUUCUGAACAUCAUGUAGAACGUUCAGUCAUAGUAUUGUAUAAAAAUAUAUAAAUAUAUCUACUGAAAAAAUUAAAUGGUUUUGAUAUGGUUUUAGAAAAUGGAAGGUUGUUUUAUUUUUCAUGCUUUAAUCAUCCAUUAAAAUGGGAAGUAAUACCUCAACAAAACCAUUCCAUUUGUUUAAAAAUAAAUUGGAAUAACUAAAUUUCAACUUUUUUUAAUUAAGUUGAAUGUGUGCAACUUCAAAAAUCCACUUGUGAAUCAUUUCUGUUGCAGUGCAGAGCCUUCCCACUUCCAACAUAUGUAUGAAAAUGUCAACAGCGCACUGACACUUACCCGGUGAUCCCUGCCAGGCAUAAGGCUGUUUAUUGCUAGGAUGCUCUUAGAAAAUUAUCCUCCAUCUCUUUCACCUCAUCUCUCAACAGCCUAGUGCUUAUAUGCAUGUAAACAUUAUUGCUUCUAAUAUCCGAGUAAAUAAGAAUACAAUAGGCAAUAAUAUGGUUUUACUUCCAAAAUUGAAGUUGUGACCAAUGAUACAGGCAUGAGAAUGUGGCUAAACAUUCUGCUAGUGCUUCUAGUGACUUAGAGUUGCCUUGAGCAACAAAUUUCUCCUGUAACCCAAUAAGAAGAGAAACCUUUCCCUAAAAGAAUGUGCUAUUUCAUUCAGAAUUUGUUGGCUGUUUAGCCUAUAUGGUGAAUGAGUACAAGGCUAGUUCUCAUGAGGUGCCUCUGUUUGGGAAGACCAUUUGAGAAAUAAAAUCACAGUUGUACUGCUGACACAGUGGUUUGGGAAAGUUUAGCGGUGCAGUCCAAGCAUGAGUCAGAAAAGAAGUACCGUAAACAUAUGAACGUACAUUUAUCUAUAAGGCUAAUUUCUAGUAGUUCAUUGUUAAUUUGUGGUAUUGUAACACAAUAACCUAUAUUGAUCUUUAAUCAGACUGUACUGUGAUUUGUAUUGUUAGAUCAUAAUCUGCACUGAACUGUAACACUUACCAUGAUAUUUAUGUUAACUCAUUAACUUGCACUAACUUUUGAAUUUGUCUCAUACUCAGUAAAUAUAGUAAAAUCUGCCAUAGCCUAAAUCCAUGCUGUUAUAAUUUGCACAUUCCAUGGCAUAAAUCACACAAUGCAACAGCUGUAACAAUAACCAUAUUGAUUAAUCCAUAUGUAACUUUCUGGAACACUAAAAUAACUUAUAAUCUGUUAUAUAAUCUAUAUUUUUCCAUAAUCUCCAUAAUGUACAUUUAUCACAAUCUACCCUUUAGUCUAUACUGUAGUAUAAUUUAUGCUGGUCUAUACUCUAAUUCAUACUGACUGUAGCACAAGAUUUUGUGCAUAAUAAUAUAACAAUACAUACUAUUCAAUAGGUUGUACCAAAGUCUCUGAUGCUGACCAUAAUAAACUUUGAUUAUAACAAAAUAUAAAUCAUGAAUUAUGGGUCAAAUUUUGGGAAUUGUGCAGAUGAGGAUUAGCCUCAGCAGUUCUUUGGAUAUAAUCUCUACCAAAAACUAUACUCAGCUGCAAUUAAACUGCUUCAUAAACCAAUGAUUCCAUAAACAUUUCAGCCAUACUUGUACUAUGAUCUACAAAAUAAUAAUUAAUUAUUCUUACCACAGUUUGUACAAUAAUCUACAUUGAUUUUACAUAAUAACCAUAGUAUUCAUAAUCUAAGAAGAUAAAACACAAAAUCUAAGAUAGGUCUGAACAUCACUCAAGGAAAGACAAGAGUGAUUCAGAGUUAUUUUAUUUGCCGUGAGCAAGAUAUGGGAGUUCACUGAUAUGGGACAUGUAGAGUUUACAUUAUUUUGUAUUACGACAUGAACAACUUGUACUGAUCAAAUGAGUCUGAUCAUAACUGG